AUGGACCCAGCACACCAACAAGCGGCGGCAGCGGCAGCACAUCACGCGGCGCAUGCGCAUUUGGUUGCUGGAAUUCAUAGAUCUCAUAUAUCAUCUCCGACGCAGCUCAUAAUGGGCGCACCAGUAGAUGUUAGGCCAGGGUUAGGACUUGACGGCACUCCACCUCAACAUUUGCAGCAACCUCCACAGCAGCCUGAAAUCACUAGCAUUAUGGAAGCUGAUAGUGCAUCAAAUAUUACGCAGCGAAAAUCGCCACCGAGUCUAAUGCAGAGGGAUAACCAUCACAGUAACAAACCUAUGUCUGCCGCUGCUGAAAGCACCGUACAUGAUGGUCUAGACUCCAAGGAUGAGCCAGGAGAUUUUAUCGAAACCAACUGUCACUGGGUGGAUUGUAAGCUGGAGUUUCCCACUCAAGAUGACUUGGUGAAGCAUAUAAAUACGGAUCACAUACAUGCCAGCAAGAAAGCGUUCGUGUGCCGUUGGGUAGGCUGCUCUAGAGACGAAAAACCAUUCAAAGCCCAGUAUAUGUUGGUGGUUCACAUGAGAAGGCAUACCGGAGAAAAGCCUCAUAAGUGCACGUUCGAAGGAUGUUGUAAAGCGUACUCCAGAUUGGAAAACUUGAAGACCCACUUGAGAAGUCAUACCGGUGAAAAACCUUAUACCUGCGAAUACCCUGGGUGUGCUAAAGCUUUCUCCAAUGCUAGUGAUAGAGCCAAACACCAGAAUAGAACACAUAGCAAUGAGAAACCUUACGUCUGUAAAGCUCCUGGUUGCACAAAACGAUAUACGGACCCCUCGUCACUUCGGAAACAUGUGAAGACCGUUCACGGGGCUGAAUUCUAUGCUAGUAAAAAACACAAAGGUUGCAGUCGCGGUGAUGACUCAGCGGAAUCAGGUGGUGGCGGAGCAGGAUCUUCACCGCGGUCCGAGGAAGGCGGAGUACCUAUGGGAGUUAGAGGACACACGUCAUCAGCCUCCGUUAAGAGCGAGAGUCCUGCUUCACCGCUGCCCCAUGGUCUUCAUACUCCUGCGCAUCAGUUAUCAGCUCAAUGCGGAGGAGAAUUGGACUUUGGCGGUUCUGGUCUUGGUGGAUUCAGUGACGAGAAUGGUGUUCCAUAUUUCAGGAUAGAUGGCGAGGUGGAACAAGAGGUGGUUGGAGAAGUAGGACAAUUGCCGCUGAUGCUGCGAGCCAUGGUGGCUAUCGGAGAACCCCGGGCACAUCACCAUGCCCCACGCUUCCAGAACAACAAGAUGGGGCUCGGCAGACUCAUGCCUCCUGGACAUGGUGCUGAUAUAGGAAGUGGUAUUCCAGGAAGAACGGAGUUAGGAAACACAAACGUAACGGUUGAACUCAAAACUGGCGUACCUAAUACGAGGCGAGACUCGGGAAUAUCGUCUGGAAGCAGUUUAUACAGUGCCAGGUCAUCAGAUAUAUCACGAAAGAGCAGUCAAGCGUCAGUGGUGUCAGGGGCGGUGCCGGGUGCAGUGAGCGGGCCCCCACGACUGAUCGCUCCUCAUGUUGCCUACGACCAACUGUCACCUGACAGCAGUAGGAGAUCUAGUCAAGUGUCGUGUGUUGGAUAUGCGCCAGCUCCACCCUCAGCUCUCGCAGCUGUACAAGCGGUCAGGACAUCACAAGGCAAUCAGGCGGUUCUGCUACGUGGUGUUACUUGCUCAGAAGUGAGAGCAGAAGAGUUGGCGCUAGAACUAGACCCCAACAUCCAGGUCAAAGAGGAAACCAGGAGGCUUUCAGAACAGUCGAACUUGAGCGACCAAACCCAGGCGUAUCAACCUUAUCCUUGUGGGGCUGAUGAUGCGCAGGGUGAUGUCUCAUUUCCCUUCAAGACGGAAGAUGAUCACGAUACGGUGACCUACAAGGAGUCUCGUUCCAACUCCACUAACACUGUUGUCACCACCGCCCAAGUCCACCAUCCCAACCAAGAAGUAAACUUGGAACAGGUUGCAGAAGGUGAAAUGGUGGAGAAUAAGCUGGUAAUACCAGACGAAAUGAUGCAAUAUCUUAACCAAUCAAUAUUGGCAAACGAAUCGGUAGCACCAGCUAACACCGACUCCACCAAUGCACCUGAACCUGAAACAAACAAAGACAACAACGAUGCUUCAACCAAAGAAAAUGCAUCAAGUGAAAUAGUCAACAGCAACAAUAUUAGUGACAAAAUAAGUGAUGUAGCAACCAGUGACGAUUCUCUACUCAAAAACUUAGGUGCCAUAGGAAGUGAUCUCAAUAUAAGUGAUAUUCCAGUUGAUUUAAGAUCGCUAGACGUUAGCAUGUCUGGUAAUAGUGGUUCUCUUCUAGCAACGAAAUCACCAGAUGAUAAAAAUCCUCUGCAAGAGCAAGUAAUACAUGAGGUCAGCACAGAAAAAUGUGAACAAGAUUUCACCAAGCCUCCAACAUCUAAUAACGCUAAUAAUAAUCCUUUGCAGUCUUUGCAAAAUAUGGCUGGAAAUCAGACAGAACAAUCAAACCAGAUCAGAGUUAAUUCAUUACCUCAGAAACAAAACAUAAUGAGUCCAAAGACUAUGGUUAUGAGUCCUCAAAAUGUACUGAGUCCUCAGAAUAUAGCUCAUAGCAUGAUGAGUCCACAAAGUCUCCCACACAGUACAAUGAGCCCACAAAGUGUUAUGAGCCCACAUAAUAUGCCUCAUAGUGUUAUGAGUCCAUCUAGUGUUUAUAACGUUAUGAGUCCCCAAAGUGCCAUGAGCGUCAUGUCGCCACAACAUAAUGCAAUGUCUCCGCAGAGCAUGCAAAGCCUCAUGAGUCCUCAAAUGUCCAAUCAGAUAAUGAUGAGUCCACGCCAUAAUAACAUUGGAAGCCCAAUGUCACAAAAUAUAGGUAAUGCUAUGGUUAAUAUGGCAAGUCCUGUGACACAAAAUAUUGCAAGUCCGAUGAGUCAUGGCAUGCCGAGUCCUAUGCAUCCAGGCUUACAGAGUCCUAUGUCCCAGGGGGUUGCGAGUCCAAUGGUUCAAAACAUUUCAAAUAUGCAAAUGAACCCACCGGUACAAAACCAAAUGAAUUCAAAUCAAAACAUUAUAAGUAUGAACCAGCAACCACAAAUGCAACCAGUUCCACAGAAUUACAUGAACAACCACCAGAACUGUAACGCUAAAAUUGCCAAUAGAAAUAAUGUUCCCAAUCAAUACCAAAACCAUAAUUAUAAUCAAGCACCUCCUUAUCCGAUGCAAAAUCAACAAAAUAUAAUUAAUAUAAGAAGUCAAAACAUGCAACAAUACCCUGUUAUGCAUCAGUAUACACAAAAUCAAAUGCCUAUGAUAAAUCAAAUACCUCCCAUCCAGCAAAAUAUUGCUUAUAAUAACCAGAUGAUGAAUUACCAACAGGCAAUGUAUUCAAACCAAAGUAAUCAGAUGCAUCCAAUGCAGAUGUCUAGAUCUUCAAUGAUGAGUGUGGACAAUAGUGGUAACAUGAGUCGAGGUGCGAUGAAUAGUUAUUGUGAGCCACAGAACGUUCAAUAUAACCAAAACAUGCAAUACCCUCAACCCCCACCUUAUAAUUCUGUAGUCAAUAAUUCAGCAAGUGUCAUGGGUCCACCGCCGCCGAAAAAUAAUCAUCAAUAUAACCAAGCUAUGAUGAAUAACAACCAAUAUUAUAAUCAUCAGAGGCCUUAUAACCAGUGGGAUUAUCCGGGUAAUCAAUUUAAUAAGCAUAAUAUGCAAAAAGGCGUUCAAAAUUCUGUAAACAUGUCCACUAGUAGUCAAAAGCCUAACGGUGUGAGAGCUUCGAUAAACGGCAAUCAAAUAGUAAAGAAUAUAGGUGAGCAAACUGACUGUAGCAUGAACAGCAUGCGUAGUCAAAAUCAGCCAAGCGAGGUGCAAGUUUGGGAUAUUUCCCAGUCACAGAUAGAAGCGACAAACGGCAGAAAGAAAAAUCAGAACAGCAUGCGUCAAGAAACAUAUCAGAGGACUUUGGAGUACGUGGAAAAUUGCGAAAAUUGGAAGAGUUCCGAAAUGGUUUCGAGUAGCACCCAUCCAAUGCAAGGAGGCGAUAAUAUGGUGGUGAAUGAUCUCCAAACGUCACUGUCUUCUUUUUAUGAAGAAAAUCAGUACCUACAAAUGAUUCAGUAACCUUUAUUUUAUAUUGACAAUAAUUAUGCUUCAAACUGUUAAUGGUUGUAAAAAUCUCGUGGAGACUGACUAAUUUUAAAAUUUAUUCUAAAUUUAAGUCCUUUGAAAAAACUUUAAAAGUAAAGUACAUUUACUUAAAUACAUAAAAGACAAGCAAAAAAUUAUUGAAAUAUUAAUGUAUAUAUUAUAUUUGUCUUCCACUGUUGUACAAUAAGUACAUUAAAUAGGAGUUUUGCAUUUAAAAAUAAAUUUUAAUGUAACAAUUUUCAAUGUAUAUACAAUUGUAAAUGUUAUGAUUAUACUUUGAAGAAUUUAAACAGUGCCUCUUUAAAUAUUUUUAAAUGUUAGCUGUAGAUUUUUUAUUUCUAUAAAUAUACAUUUAAUUGUAAGUCACAUUUGAGAUUAUUAGUGAGUAAGUUCAAUAGUAAUUUUGUACAAACAAACAUUUUUUUAGCAUUUUUACAGUGUUGUUAAAAAUUUUAGGAUUGUAAACGUUGAACUAGAUUAUGUUAACAAUAUAUACAUUAGUGUAAUAUAAUUAAAGCAAUAUAACUGUUCAUUUAAUUGAAAGUUUUGAAGACAAUGAAUCUCUUAGUUUAAAUUUAAAUGAUGAGAUUAUUAGCAGUUAAGUAAUUGUUAAUUAUUUUUUAUUUAAAUGCAAAUAUUGAUUAACGCACAAAGUAAUAGAUAAUGGAAGGAGAAAUUGUAUUUUGUAAUAAAUUAUUGUUUUUUGUAAAAGAAUGAAUGUGAACAUCUGUGACAAUAUUUUUAAUGAAAUCAUGAAAUAAAUCAUAUUACCU